UUGUAUUUUCAUUUGUAUGCCUUGUCGCCACCAAAGGCCCGGUAGAUGAAUAUCUUGGUACCGCACAAACUGAGAGAGAGUUCUUCAAGGACGGCAGCUCAGUAACACACCUUAAUGGAAUAUGAUCCGGAACAUUCUCCCAUCAUACAUCGCUGACAGCGACUCGAGCCUUCGCCAUAUGGAGCUCCUUGUUUGUUUGGUGGCCCGCAGCAUUUUUUAGCAGUUAUAUCACGUCUUUAUCAGAACAGCCUGUAUCCCAUCCAUACAGAUUGUGUGCACACACAUGUUGGCACACACACAUACAUACAGUACACACACAUACACAUACAUGGCUGACUGAGAUCCCAGCAUGCAGCUGUUGCAUGGGGUUGAGUUGUCGGUCACAGUAUCUUCCAGAAUAAUCAGUGGUAAAAAAGGUGACAAGGAGAACAGCAGUGUUACGUUACUGUAACCAUCAUCGCCAUCACUUUCACCUUGGAUCCAGGUCAGAUGAAUCCACUUUCAGUUUCAGUGCUUUCACUGCCCAGUGAUUCGUCGUGUUCAUCCAGCGGGUCUUUUAUUCAGUCCAAUAAAUUACGUAUACAGUAAAUGUGCGCCGGAAGUUACCGUUAAACGACUGUUUACUCCCAUCUGGUGGCCAGUCUCUGCAAGUACAAACAGGAAUAUUUUAAUGCGUGACUAUCAAUUUUACAAAACAAAGAUGCAAAAACAACAACCUUUUUUGUGUGUAAGCUGACGACGGUGUUGGGUUGUUUUAUUUCCCAUGUGUAGAAAUCGCUACAAAGAUUCCACCGGAAGUUUUGGGGACCUGUUGAGCCGUUACUAUGUGAGUCUGUCUGAAGAGGAAGUCAGCAUGACAUCCAGUAGAGGUGAAAUGGAGGUGAGGGAACAGGUGAAGAACAAGGAGGAGGAAGAGGGGAUGAAGGAGGACUUCCCUCUUGUGGCACUUGCACCUGAUGCUUCGCUUCCAGAAGAGCAGCUUCCAGUCAGCACCGAUGUUUGUGUUUGUCCUGUUUCCCGGUGCAUUGAUGAGUUGUUGUUGUUGGACCAGAUCGACACGACCAGAGUAACCAGACUGAAAACCAGCUACAGGCAUCUGCAGGACACUCUGAAGUCUAGUCAGGACUGUGAGCUCCAGCGUUUGGAAGAGGCAAAAAGGUGUCGUGCUGAGCUGCAGAGAGUGCACGCUGAGCUGGAGAAAACAGAGGAGCAGAGCACCUCCGAGGAGCCUGAGAGUGAGGUCAAAGAACUGAGGCAACAGCUCCUUCAGGCAUACAAUGAACUGAAGACUGCCGAGAACACAGAGUACAAAACACAGCACCAGCUGAAGUGCCUCUGGGAGGAGAAGCUAUAUCUGGAUAAAGAGACGGAGACUCAGUCCAAAGCUGCUGACCUGGAGAGUAGAAAACAAGCCCUGCAGAAAAGAUCUGAAGAUCUGAGGAAGGAGGUUUCACAGAGACAACUGGAAGUCAGAAGUCUCACAGAUGACCUGAAGGCCUGUGAACACCAGAUACAAAAGACACGGGAAGAGCUGGAGGACAAGAAGAAGACGAUAGAGAUCAAAGAGGCUGAGAAGGCACAGCUCAUCAGUGUACCAGGCCAGAUUUUAGCCAAGAUCGAACGGAAGCGCUCACAAAAGGAGGCGGCAAUGAGGCAGAUGGAGGAGUUAAAGGGCCAGAUUUCAGAGAUGGAGGAGCAGGUGAAGAAGGCGGAAGAGUUCAACCAUUCCCUCAGGAUGAAGAAGGAGGAGGUGAUGCAGAGGCUGCAGGUUCUCCAGGCCCGACUAGAGGCUGGUCAGAAGGAGAGCAGACAGCUGCUGAAAGAGCAGGCGGUCAACAAGGAGGAGCAGGCGGAGAUGUAUGGAGCCAGAGGCAUCCUGGAGCUGAAGCUGCAGAACAUCAUGUGCGACAGAAAGCAUUUGUUUGAGAGACAAUCCGUGCAGCUCAGGGAGAAGAAUAGGCAGAUGCAAACGCUCAAGAGAACGCAGCACGCAUUGACCUUCGCCACCGAGCAGCUACAGCACACGCAGACCAUCUACAGCGACCUUCAGGCUCAGCUGGAGGCCGUGGCCAAAAGUGAGGACAGUAUUCAACAGAAGAUGGAGCUUCAAAAAGAAGUGGAUGUUCUUAGAGUGGGCUUUGAAAAACAGCUGCUGGUGGCAGAGAAAGAGAGCCGGAGAAGGCAGCAGUACGGGACGAUCCAGGAGCUGCUGGGGGAGUCCAACCAGCUCAGAGAAGAGCUGCACAACCUCCGCUGCCUCACCAAGAUCAAGGCCGAAGAGCGGGGGCAGAAGCACCGCGACCUGCUUAGAGCUGAGCAACUGCAGCAGUUUAUCCACAACGAAGUGCGAGAGAAGCACCUGAUCAUCACAGACCAGAACAAGCUGAAUGCUAUGCUGCAGAACAGACUAAUAAAAUACUCCAAACUAUGUGACAUGAUCACGGAGGAGAAGACGAAGUACGUGAGGCUGAAGCAGAUCGCCUCACAGACCAUCACAGAGUUAAUGGAGCAGCUGAAGGUCCUUGAAAACGAGACGGAGAUCCAGCGCUCUAUAGUCGUUAACAAGGACAGAUCCCUCACAAAGUCCCGUAUGAAGCUCUCCAACUGCUCCACAAUGAGGGACAAGCUGCGUAACAACAUCUCCAAGGUUGCUUGGAAGCACCAUCAGAUCAGUGAACAGAUUGACGACAACAAACUGGAGCUGGUGAAACUCACGCAGAUGAUCAACCUGCAGGAGCAGGCACUGGUGGAGAUGAACAAGAAUCAUGAGAAUGCCGUGCAGCAUCGCAAUUUUCUCGGCAUCCAGCUGCUGGAGCACGAGGAGGUGAUAUUUAACUACCAUGAAAAGGUGCGCGUCCAGGAGGCGGCCAUCACUAAAGGCAGCCUGGAGCUGGAGACACUGGAGAAGGAGGUCAGAGAUCUGAAGACGGCCAUUAACGAGGGGCGUCGACAGCUGGAGCUGAGGAGGAAGGAGGUGCCUGUCAACGGGAAAUUGGAGGGAGAGCUCGUCAUGUUGCAGAUAGAGCUUUCAGAGGCCAGAGACAAAACAAUCGAAUGUCUGAGUCGAACCGUGGAUUACAAAGAGACAAAAGGCAACGACCCUUCGACUGUGGAUCUGGUCAAGAAAGUUGAGCAGCUGGAGGCGACUCUGGCUGAACGUGAGCGACAGCUGCUGGAGAAGCAGCUCCUGGUGGAGCAGGUGACCCGACUCUCGAAGCCCCUCAGCGAGCGGGUGGAGAACUGUCAGGAGGACAGACUGUCAGUGGCCAAGAAGCUUAACGAGCUGCGCACCGACAUCAACAACGCCAACCGGCAGCUGAUGGCCAUUUCUGCAGAGCUGUCGGUGAAGCAGGCGGCAGCUCUAGCCCAACAACAGGAGAUCAGCGAGCGAGAGCUGCAGAUGGAAAUGUGCCAGCGGCGGCUGGAGCAGGGCCUGCCUCCGUGUCCCGAGAUGGAGGAGGAGUGGAGGAGGAUGCUCCGGGACAAGAGGAGGAGGCAGAGGGACAAAGAGGAGAAAGACAAGCUGGCUGAAGAAGAUGAAUGGAACCGGUUGCCAAACGGAGAGUACACCACGGCGGAAACCCGUCCCAACGCCUACGUCCCCCAGGACGAGCUGCUCCCUCUGCCCAAACCCUACGGAGCCCAGGCCCCGUUCAAACCCGUGCAACCUGGAGCCAACAUGAGGCACUUCCGCAAACCGACCAUGAAACCGUUAGAAAUGUGACCGACAAUUAUUGACUUUUGAAUAAAUUGCUUCAAGAGUUGCUUUUUUUUUUGUUUGAUUUUUAAAAAAAUAUAUGUUAGUGUUUUUUACAGACUAAAACACUGCACCAAAAAUGCUAAAGGUUUUUACAUUAUGAAACAAAUGAAGGGCCAUAAUAUAAAAGUUGACUUGUAAAUAUCUUGAGUUUCCGUAUCUGCAUCGUGAGUCAAAUUCAGGAAAUUUCCUCCUGGAAGUGAUGUUUUGCAUAUUUUUUCCGGGGAAGUCUGUUGUUCUGUUUUCAUCCCGGCUGUCCGACCCACUGCUGCUGUUCUGCUGUGUAAUGACAUCUGUUUGUCAUUGUGUUCUUUUUUCUACACUUACUGGUACCAGGACUUUGAUUACGAGCAGUUCAGUUACAGUAACACAGAGAGUCGGAGCCCAGUUCAGUCAUUUAGCGGUUUAAUAUUUUAUAUUCCUUGACUGCUCUCAGCCUGAUUAUCACUCAUUACACACUUUCCUUCAUAUUCAGACUCCGCUGCCUUUGUAUCCUCGGCUCCACUGAUGAAAGAAUUGCAGCGGGUCUAAGCCCUGGGCUCUGGGCUACGAGGCUGCUCGGUGUCUGAAAUGAUAAAUGUAAAUACGGGGGAGAGAAACAUGAGGCUAUAAAGAGCAUAGCGAAUGACAGAGGGAGUGAGGAAUUUCAAUGACGAGCAGAGAGAGAGAGGGUGAGGCUGGGAGACGGGGAAGAAGCUGAGAGAGAGAGUGGGAGAGAGGGGUGAGAUCGCAGUGGAAAAUGCAUCAGUGUGGCUUUAAAUAGCGUUGAGCGUUCAGAAGUGGUUGGAAAAGAAUGAAAACAAAGCUUUUAACAUUGACUGUGCCCAGGGCAGCUGGUCAGCGUGUGUGUUCGUGGACCGAGGACAUGUCCACACACCAUGAGUGUGUGUUUUCACCUUA